AGAACAACUAAGCGACGUCACUGUUAAAGCCACAUCGUUUUAAGUCAUCUGAUGAAUCUGCGCUCUUGCCAAGACAGAAGUGAGUUCUGUUCUGUCUCUUCCUUUUAUCAAUUCGCUGUGACUAUGGCCUCGCGUUUAUUAUCGACGACACUCAUCACACCGCCGGCAAAUCUCAACAAAUCGUCGUCGGGUCUAACGGCGAGAGUUAGGUUGAGAAAGGGAAGGCUUAGUAUCAGGGCAGUAAGCGGCAGCUCUCAAGGAGGUUCCGUAGAUGGAACCGUGUACAAAGGCGUUUAUGGUCCCUGGACCGUUGAGCAGUCUGAUGUCAAAGAGGUUAUUUUGUACAGAUCAGGACUGGUAACUGCUGCUGCUUCCUUUGUAGCCGCUUCUUCUGCCGCCUUUUUACCGGAGAACUCAUGGUUGAGUGAAAUAAUCAAGCAAAACCAGGACUUGUUCUACCUUGUUGGUGCUGGUGGUUUGGGGCUAUCUCUGUUUCUGAUUCAUAUAUAUGUAACGGAGAUCAAGAAGACGCUUCAGGCUUUAUGGGCACUUGGUGUUGUUGGUUCUUUAGCCGCGUACGCUUCCCUUGCUAGACCAGCUAGUGAUAGCUUGGUUCAGUAUGUCGUUGAUAAUCCAACUGCUGUUUGGUUUGUUGGUCCUCUUUUCGCUUCCCUCACUGGGCUCGUUUUCAAAGAAGGGCUCUGUUACGGUAAGCUAGAAGCUGGCCUUCUCACGUUCAUCAUACCCUCAGUACUUCUCGGUCAUUUGAGUGGCCUGAUGAAUGAUGAGGCGAAACUGGUGUUGCUAGGAACAUGGAUGGCACUCUUUGUAGUAUUUGCUGGGAGAAAGUUCACUCAGCCUAUAAAGGAUGAUAUCGGGGAUAAAUCUGUUUUCAUGUUCAUGUCUCUUCCGGAAGAUGAGAAGAAGGCUGUAGUUGCAAAACUCGAGCAAGAUAAUUCUGGUUAAGACUCUGAAUGAUUUUACAAAAUGUUUUAAGUAUCUUCAAGAACAUGUAAAUAUCAUGUACCCGUAGGUGAUGUAUACUAGUGGGGAGAGACGCGAGCAUAAACAUUUUGUAUAUCUUUAUCUUGCAUUGAUAAAUGACAAUAGAAAUCACAAAACCUAA